AUGGGCCCCCCGCCAGAAGAGGGCAAGGCCCAGGUCCCUCACGACGAACAAUCGAAAGGCAACGACGAAAGUAACCGCAAUGGCUCACCCGAUGCGACAGAUAUCAGCCCUGAAGCUGAAGAUGCUGGCCCGGACCUCUCUGUUUUCGACCCAGAAUUCGUGAGCUUUGAACCACAGCAUCCGGAAAUUGGCCAAUCCGAGUCGGCCCAAAGUCCGAAGACAAAACUCGAAGAGCAAUAUCGAAGACCACGCUUUGAGGACAUUGUUCCUCACUGUUCCGACAACGGAACUAUAGCCACAUCUCAAGCAUUCAAUGCCAGCACACCUAGUGAAACAGCCGUCAAGGACGAGGAUUCUUCCAAUGAAGAGGGCUCAUCCAGCACUCACUAUGAAGACCCUGACGGAAACGAAGACCCUUCAAAGACUGUACAGCGAAUGAUGGUCGACAGUGUCAUGACAUCCUUCAUGGACUGGCUUGAUGUCAAGCUGAAGGUGAAAGGAGAGGAGGAGAAGGAAGAUCUUUCAAGUCUUCCUUUACUGGGGACACCUCAACCCAUGACCGAGGGCCUGAAAUCAACCCUAAUUCCUCGAUUCACAGCUCCAAUGCCAGUCCCAACGGGAUUCGCUCCAUUAAAACCCUUGACUGGUGCCUUUGGCUCUGGUCAAACUUCAGGCACGGAUAAGGCAGCAGAAAGCUACACUAUCAUACAUGAGAAGCAAAGCAGUAUUGAACGUCCGGAGCUUUCGAAAAAGGAAGAAAGAGCAGAAGACGUCGAGAGGAAAAGAGCGAAGCUGGGAGGGCUCAGAGCGACCAGAGAAGGCCUGAGAAGUGACAGAGAAACCCACAAAGAGUCUCUCGUUCAGUCUCUGGUCGGUACCUCGUCGACUGCAACAUCGAACUUAGCUUCAUCCCGGGAUGAGCCCAGGAAACUCAGACGUUCGUCAAGACCAGUGGACACACAGUCUGCGCUGAGAACCCUUUCUUUGUCGGAGGAACCUGCUGAAGAUGAGCGGGACAGCACGAUGCCAGUGCUGGCGUCGCCUCCUCCACCACCCGCUCCCAAGGCGAAGUCUUUCUCGUUCUCAAAUUUAUUGAAGAGAAGCAAGAAGAAGAGUGCGGAAGAAAGAGAGGAAGAGAAGAGAGGAUCAGGUCUCGAAAAAGCGGAAGAGGAAGACGAGGACGAGGACGAUGAGGAGGUCCUCUCUGGAGAAGCCGCCGCAUCCGAGGCGGCAACUAGCCGAGGGGGUGAAGCCGUGGAAGAGCUCAUGGCAUACCCGCCGACGGUAUUGGACCUCGACUUUGAACCCAGUGAAAGUCCGCCGUCUGUAGGGGGGCCACCCCCCAUGCCUGCUGCUUCAACAAGCUACGAGGUAGUAGAAGAGGAUCUACCUCCUUCAAAUAAGUCCCCAAAGGCACCAGUACAACAAAGGAGAAGCUCUGCAAAGCUCAGGAAUGAGAGACGGCUCAAAUUGCCCUCGCUGGUCUCUGAUGUCGACUCACCGGCGCCAGCCAGUAAGGUGGCAGCCGAAGAAGAGGAUGAGCGGAUACGUGAGCGGUUACGCACAAGGUUCGAGCGCGGAGGUUCAGCAUCGUUGCCGAGUUCAGGGAGAAGAUCUGGGGCUUCAUCGAGGAGGAGCGAAUCAUCGGCCCAAGAGCCUCCAGGUGGAGUUGCACUACGAGCAUCGGCACAAAUGCACCACCCAUUAGCCAUGCCAUAUAGUGACAUGCGAUCCGAGGACGAUGCGGUAUUUUAUCAGUUGACCGAGGACAUUCCAGUCGAUAACAAUGUAGCACAAAGACCACGUUCCGAUCACCACUUCAGUCGAUCGUGCGCGGUGGAUCAUUCAGCAAGAAGAAGAUUGCAAUUGGGGACAGCCGCGACCAACCACACACAAGAGCCAAAGAGUCGCAAGAGGAGAUCUUUGGCAUCAAAGCGCAGCAGAUUGGAUGACAAGGACAACGGAAACGAAGACGAAGAAGGAAAGGAUGGUGAUGGAAAUGGGAAUCGUCCGCCUCGCGCCAAGCUUCCCAAGGUUCAGGAGGACGAAGUCAGCGGUGCGAAGCUAGCUUGUCCGUUCUUCAAGCACAACCCACGCAAGUAUAAGAACCAGCGUCCCUGCUGUGGCCCGGGGUGGGAUCACGUUCAUCGCAUCAAGGAGCAUAUAUACCGAAAGCACUCACUCCCCAAGUUCUCAUGCCCGCGUUGCUCUCAGCCGUUUGAGACUCAAUCGGACCUGCAAGCCCAUGCUCGCUUGCCUACUCCAUGCCAAGUCAAGGAACCGGAGGUCUUGGACGGCAUCACCCAAGACCAAGAAAAGAAGCUUCGGUCGCGGAAGAAGACCAGCGGUAAAGAGCUCACCGAAGCCGAGAAGUGGGCCCAGGUCUACAGCAUUCUCUUCCCAGACGUCAGAGAGCGAGAGAUUCCGUCCCCAUACUACAACACAGAGGACGCCCAGACGAAUCUUGGCGGAUACGAGGACUACCUCCGUCGCGAACUCCCUACGCAGGUCCGCCGGCAGCUCGAAAAAGAAGUCGAGCAGCAGCUCAGCUUCGUCGAGGAAGGAAUGAAGCAAAAGGUCAUUGAGAUCGCGCGCAACUUGCAACUCUCACUGUUCAAGAGCUACCAGCAGAUCGAGACUCAAGAGAGAGACACCGAAGGGCCGUCACCAAGCGACGGCUACAUUUCGAAUUCUGACUUCGUCUCGUUCACCGCGACGGAUACGUCGCCGUCGACGAUGACCACUGCCGGCACGACACCGGAGAUGCCAGACCCAUUGGAGAUUUUCGGCGGUGACCCCGCGAUCCCGGAUUUCAACUUCGACUUCUUGUCCCAGGUCCCGUCCGCAGAGUCGCAAGGGCCCGAGAAGGCCUGUCAAUCGACGUUUGGGAUAGAUCCAUAUGCUACGUCGGAACCACCCACGAUUCAACCGGGCAUGGACAUGUUCGGAGGUCAGCAGUUCGGUAUGGCUUAUCACGAUAUGGAGGGUUAUGACGAGAGGCAGGGCACAGUCCGAAACAUGAGCGUGCUCAGCUAUGCGCCCUGGGGUUCAAGCAAUGAGUAA